AAUUUGAAUAUUACAAGGAGUAUUACACAAUAUGGAAACAGACGAAAGAGGGUGGAAUGAGGAGAUUUAUCCGGUGACCUCGUGCCACGCGUGGUAAUGCUACUGGCAAGCGGUGCUUCGAUACCGACCAUCGCCGGUACCGUCGAGGAGGAGGAAGAAUAUGCACGUAGCGAAGCGAACAGCGCACACUACGAUGGCUAUGUUACCGAUCAUACCGAUCUUGCUUCCGAAAUCGAUAUCGACGAAUCCGAAUACAGACGAGAACUUCUCAACGACAAAUGGCGAAUGCUGUUCGAUAAGUUUGAUCCCGAGGGUUUUGGCGAGAUACCGGUGGAGGAUUUUUUAGCGGCUUUGAAGAGCCCCGAAUGGAAAGCUGAGAUUCCGCCGAAUAAACGAGAUAUUCUCCUUACCAGAGCAAAGGAAUCGCGUGUUCAGGCGGUGACGUUCCAGGACUUCGUCAAUGUGGUGAGUGGAUGCAUGCGAAUUUCAAUAAAACUUUCACGCACCGGUACACAACGACCAGCUAGCUCUUUGUUCGCGUUCGGAUUUCGCUGA